AUGCCCAGCUCCCAAAGUGGCUUCACAGAGCUCUUUCAUCCCUUCACCCCUCCCCCACCCCAAGAGACACAAGUCCGUCCUCCGGCUGGAGACAGGGCUGCGCAGUGGGACAUCUUCAGCGUCAGGAUGUGCACGGACACUUCCACAAGUCUGAGCCACAGAGGGAGGUGGAGGCACGCAGAGCCUUUAUAUGGAGAAAGCGUGGGGCAGAACAGCCGGCAGCAGCGCACACAGCGCCCCUCGCUCAGCCCUGUGGCUGAGGUCACCCUGAUGUACGUCCUUCACCCGGAAGCAGAUGCAGAGGCGACGGCAGCACAGCUCCUCACUGCACUGCUUUUGCGUUCGGACAGGACUUGGCCUGAUGGGAAACUCCUCCCUUCUCUGUCUGUACAACUUCACUUUGCUCACUGGACAUCACUUGAGGCCCACGGAUUGAUUCUUUAUCAACUGGUCUUGGCCAAUUUGGUGGUUCUUUUCUCCAAAGGUGUCCCUCAGACACUGGCAACUAUGGGAUGGGAACAUUUCCUGGACGAUGCUGGGUGCAAACUUGUCUUCUACUUUUACAGAGUGGGCACUGGAGUGUCCUUCAGUACCGCCUGCCUCUUCAGUGGCUUCCAGGCCAUUAAGCUCAACCCCCAUUUUUGUAAGUGGAUGGAACUCAAGAUCAGAUCCCUGAGGUUUACUGCCUUCUGCUGUUUCAUGUGCUGGAUCCUACAUCUCUCAAUAAACUCAUUUCUUCCUUUGAUAGUGAAUGGUCCACUGAGUAAGAAAAAUCUCAGCAGAGAAAACAAUGACUAUUGUUCUUGGAUAAUGCCACAAGAAUAUAGCCUAUUAUAUUCCGUCUUAUAUUUUUUCCCUAACUUAAUGAGUCUCAUCCUCAUGACCUGGGCCAGCGGCUCCAUGGUCUUGCUCCUGCACAGGCACAGGCAGCGUGUCCAGCACAUCCGCAGCCACAGCCUCUCCCCGAGGCCUUCCCACGAGGCCAGAGCCACACGCACCAUCCUGGUCCUGGUGAGCUCCUUCGCUACCUUGUAUUCAGUCUAUAUUAUUUUGACCAUUUGGAUGACUCUGCUCACAAAUCGCGGCCAGUGGUCAGUGAACGGCUCUGUGCUUGUGGCCUCGUGCUUCCCGGCGUUCAGUCCCUUUGCGCUCCUUGUCAGUGCCUGCAGGAUCUCCCAGUGCUGCCUGGCCUGCAGGGAGUAG